UUUCGCUCAGUAGCAGGUAAAGGGCACUAGCUGCGCGCGUGCUCGCCGUUAGUGUCUUUGUCGCCGGUUGAAGUCGCCAAAAUGUUCAAAUUCCUGCCAAGAAUUAUCCUGCUCCUGUUGCUAGCGUUUCCUGCAACGAUUCUUAUCGAAGGUACGUUUCAGGUAGCUGCACAGGAUGUUACAGAAGAAGAAGAGGCAGCUGAUGAAGAUACUACUGAUGAUGUGAUUGCUGAAGAUGAGGAUGAUGAAGCAGAGGUGGAAGAUGAUGAAAACACAGAACUGACUGAAGAAAAAGAGGAGGAGGAAGAAGAGGAAGCUCUAGCAGGAGAGAUGAAGCCUUCCCCUAAUGCUGAUACAACCAUCCUGUUUGUCAAAGGAGAAGACUUUCCAGCCAACAACAUUGUGAAGUUCUUGCUGGGCUUCACCAAUAAAGGCAGUGAAAACUUUGUGGUUGAGUCUCUGGACGCUUCCUUCCGCUACCCUCAGGACUUUCAGUUUUACAUCCAAAACUUCACUGCUCUCCAGCUGGGCACAGAGGUGCCUCCGCAGCGCCAGGCCACGUUUGAGUACUCCUUCAUCCCUGCUGAGCCCAUGGGCGGGCGCCCUUUUGGCCUGGUCAUUAACCUCAACUACAAAGACAGCAAUGGCAACGUGUUCCAGGAUGCAGUGUUUAACCAGACAGUCACGAUCACUGAAAGAGAGGAUGGUCUGGAUGGAGAGACGAUCUUCAUGUAUGUGUUCCUCUCUGGGCUUGGCCUUCUGGUGGUUGUUGGCCUGCAUCAGCUGCUGGAAUCUAGAAAGAGGAGGAGACCAGUGGCCAAGGUGGAGAUGGGAACAUCAAACCAUAAUGACGUAGAUAUGAGCUGGAUUCCACAGGAGACACUUAAUCAGAUCAUGCAGAGUCGGCGAGAUAAAGCCUCCCCUAGAAGAUCACCCCGCAAGAGGACGCAGAAGAGGUCUGCUGAUUCAGAUGAGUGAAGAGGCAGUGUAGCCCUGUGGCUCUUGGCUGUAUGGUGCAUGCUACUGAGCACAGUUUGACCAUCAUGCAAGCAGCCUACAGACUGGUCAAUACAUACACAUCUUUAUCAAUACGGUCACAUUUUUUAAAAAAAAAUAUAUACAACAAAUAGAAAAAAAAUGUCUGACAACAAUGAAAAGCUACUCCAGCCACUGUACUAGGCGCCCCCCCCCCCCUUUUUUUUUUUAUUUGUCAUAUGGACUCAUGUCAGCUUUUUAAUCUGUUUAUAAGAGGCGUAUUCAUGUGAGGGGUCCCCCCCCUUGCUUUUUUUUCCCCCUAGAAAGCCAUGGCUCUGUUGUAUUUGUUUCCUGGCACUGAUUUUCUUCAUGCACACGUGUAUGCUUAGCUGGGUCUAAUUUGGUGACUUGUUGCUGGCCAAUACAAGUGUGCUUCUGUCAUGUUUUAAAGUGCACUAUGGUUUUUGUUUUGGGCCAUUUUAAUCUGCCACUUUGGUUUAGGAGGAUUACUGACUGUAUGAAAUCCAGUUCCCCACUCAUUAACUCUGAUUGUGCCUAUUUUUUGCCUCUGUUGUCUUUUCACUUCUCAAUCUCCCCAGAUACGGUUUUCAAGUGUGUUUUCAGGAUUUUAAACCUACUCAUUUUCAAGAGCACUGAUUAGUACAUACUUGGGGACUGGGAGUCUGCAGAUUAAUAUAUUUCUUGGUGGGUCUUUUUUUUUUUUUUUUUUUUUUUUUUGACUAUUAUUAAUUAUAAAAGUGUCUUGUGGCAUGAAUCUGGAUGCCCAUAAUUAAUGCUGUGUGCUUUAAAAGCAUAGUACACUACUGUAUGCAAAUGGGCCCCUGUAGUUCCUGUGUGCUUUGCCAACCCAUGGUAUCAGUGCUUUAGACAUGUACAUGCUUUUUAAUAGGUGUGUGAUUAAUUGACCGAUAACUUUCUAUUUGAUGUUUUUAAGGUUGACUGAUACCUUUUGAGAAUAAUUUACAUGUAGAAAUGUCAGAGUGAACCAACUGAUGCUUAAGCUGAAAAAGGGGCAGGUCACAGGGUAUCUCUACCUACACUUGGCUUCCUCAUCAGGACUUUUAGCUCUGCUUUGCAUUACAAAGACUCAAAAAAAUUUUUUCCAUUUGUUCAACAACUGGGCAAUUAAAUCUGUCCACACAAGUAUUAAAAAAAGAAAUUUUUGAAGAGAUUGUGGGUUCACAGGGAAAAGUACAAAAUAAAGAUGGACAUGAAUGUG